AUGAAGAGUAAUAGUACUAUUGGAUAUUCUAAUUUGCUCAUUCAUCUUAUUUUACUUUUGGCCAUAGCUUUGCUAGCCAAUGGUGCAUUGUUUGGUAAAACCAAACACAUGAUUGAUAAGGCUAACAAGAAAGGGCCUUACAUUGGCAUUGUGAUUCCUAACCUCUUUGAAAUGAACCCGCUUCUUAAUUAUCCUGAAUAUAAGUCCAGUAAGCUCAUCAUUGAUGCAGGAGGAAGGAGAUUUCGAUUUGGUUCAAUUGGGAACAAACAAGUAAUUUUGGUCAUGACUGGUUUAGGCAUGCUUAAUUCAGGAGUUACAACCCAACUAUUGUUGAGCUUAUUUGACAUAAUUGGUGUAGUACAUUAUGGAAUAGCUGGUAAUGCAAACCCUUCACUUAAUAUUGGAGAUGUUGCCAUUCCUCAUUCUUGGGCUCACUCUGCCCUUUGGAGUUGGCAGAGAUUUGGAAAUGGUCCGGAUGAUGAAUUGCCGCUUGAAGCGAAUGGUGAUUAUACUAGAGAAAUUGGUUACCUAAACUUUGCUGAUUAUUCUACCAUCUCUAAUGGUGAAAAUCUUUUGAACAACAUUUGGUAUCAACCGGAGGAAAUUUUCCCGGUCGAUGGAGUACCGGAAGAGAGACAACAUGCCUUUUGGGUUCCCAUUGAUCCUACUUAUUUCAAUCUAGCCAAAACUCUAGAGUCAUUGGAACUACAAGGGUGCCUCAAUGCAACAACAUGUUUAUCUAUACCGCCAAAGGUCACGACCGUUGAACGAGGAACGAGUGCGAGUAUUUACCUGGACAACACCGCCUACCGAAAUUUCAUUUACAACAAAUUCAACAUCAGCCCCGUGGAGAUGGAAAGUGCCGCGGUGGCUCUCAUCUCUUACCAACAAAGAGUACCAUUCAUUGUAAUCAGGGCACUUUCUGAUCUUGCUGGGGGCGGUGAACACUCUAACGAGGCUGAUACGUUCAUUGACCUUGCUGCUAAUAAUUCCGUCAAAGUUGCUGUGGAGUUUAUCAAGUUGAUCCCAUCUCCUAAAAAGAUUUCCUCCAUCCUGAGCGUUUAG